AUGUCAGUAGACAAUGGUGUUGUGGACGCACCCAAGUUAGAGAGCGGCGCCGUGGUCCACUGCGGGCUAUCUGAGCAGUCUUCUGCCAGGGGCGCACACACUGAACGGGAAACCAGCGCGUUGAGUUUCGUCGAUAUCUUUCGUGAUGAGGUCGGCGUGGAAGGUCGUAGUGUGCAGGGUUCGCACAUCUCGGGGGCUCCAAUCGCCGACAAUGUCGACCGAACCAGAGGCGACGUGAUGGCACUUGGGAGGGAACCCAGGAAACUCACCUUUUCAGACAGGGUGCUGUACGAGGCGAAGAAGUUGAGGGAGCGGAUGCAGCGGACACGCAGUGAGGAUCCAGGCCAUGUUACUGCUGAAAAUCACUACGCCAACACCUCUGCUGUGACCCAACCUGCCGGUGCCGCGGAUGACUUCUCGCCAUACACGACGUGGAGCAGCGCUCGUAACAGGUUGCCAUUUGACUGCGAAACUGGCGGCCUUGGCCGCUCGCGGCUGCGUGCGGCAGAGGCGUACUCCGAGCUCGUCCUGCGAUCGAACGCCCAAGUUAUGGAGUGGUUCAGGAACAGGUUCAACUCUAUCGACGCGGCCUAUUCUAAACGAGCGAUCGCUUUGGUUGAUCUGGAACGAUCCGUAAUACCAAUUCGUCUCGUCCAAGAACCUGUGGAGGCGGUUAACCGGGACACGGAGGAACUGGAGCUCCUCAGGCAAGAAAACGAGCGCCUCAAAUCCCUAGUGGAAAGCACGACGCAGCUGAAGCAGCGUCUAGAAGAAGCGAAGUUGAAUGUCGAGGAGUUGGAAAACUCACUGGCGAUCGAGCGCAAGCACAACGAAGAGAACAUAAGGGACAAGAUGACGCUUCAGCAAAGGAUCGCAAAGUACGCGGAAGAGCUCAAGAACAGUAAGGACGAGCUUGACGUGGUGAAGGUGAUGCACCAAAACGAGCUGGAAGAGCACGAGAAACGAAAGGCGGAGAUGCUCUCCAACAUGGCGCAGCUCCAAAAGGACAUCACGCAUAUCAACGACAACCUGUUCUCGUGCUACAAGGUCAUCGAGGCGCAGAAGACGGAACAGACCUUCCUCAGGAAAGAGAACGAGGAAUUGAAGGAGGAGCUCAAGAAGGCUAGAGGGGACCUCAGGAGGCUCUACGAAACCAACUCCAACCUGAAAUCGCAAAACCUAUCGCUGAUCGAAAUCAACAACAGGAUAAGGACCAAGACGCUCUUCAAAACGGACACGGCUGACACGUGCAGCACGCGGGGUUCGUGCAGCUCAAAGGCUUCCUGCGUGAGCAGGGACGAAUUCGUCUUCUUCCACGUUUUCAACGAUACGCCCUUGGCCGCGUCGGAAUUCGCGAGUACGACGCGCAGCGGCAACGACGUGAAACUAAACGACUGCUGCAGCGACCGUGCUGUGGAGGGCACGAUGAACGUCGAAACGUUGGGGUCCAUGAGCUGCAUGACCAAAAGGGCCGUCACUGCCGACGGGGGACCAAAGGCGCUGUGUGACGCCCACAAGAGCAUCUUCGAAACGACCGAAGGCCUUCCAUACGGCGCAGGACCGAACCCGCUGGGCGCAACCGCAACAUCGGAUAACGGUGACGAACAAGGCGGCAAGCCCGCCGAGGAUAAUCGCAGCACCACCGUGUAUGGCAAAAUAACCCCUUCCACAAGGGACGAUAUGAGCGCCAGGAACACCUACACGCUGGACCACUCGACAGUAUACAGUGUGGACGGCUCCACUCCGAACUACGUGGAAAUGUCGGAAGGCAGGGGCCUAACCACGGACGACUUGAGCGAGGUGCCCAGCCCUUUCAAACCCAAGAACUGGCUUCUAGAAAAGGUAUCGAGGGUGUCUAACAGGGACUCGCUGGAAUACCUGCGGGAAAAGAUCAGGCUGAUAACAAGCCAGGAGUGCAAAAACUUCAGCAUCGUGGGCGACCAAGGCAGUCAACCGGGCGGGUGCAUCAAUUGA